AUGGCACAAAAGCUAGCGAUGCCCAAAGCUCCCUUUCUCGCCCUAAUCUCAAACCCUAGACCUCUUUCUAGAGCCGUCUAUUUCCCUGUUAUCAACCCUCCCAAGGUGAGAGUGUUAAGCAUUGAGUGCGCUCGAGUUGGCGGAGUGGAGAUUCCAAACAACAAGAGAAUCGAGUUCUCGCUACAGUACAUCCAUGGAAUCGGAAGGAGCAGAGCUCGCAAGAUUCUCUGUGAUAUAAGCAUGGACAACAAGGUUACUAAGGAUCUCAGCGAAGAGGAUCUCAUCACUCUUAGAGAUGAAGUCUCCAAAUACGUCAUUGAAGGCGAUUUGAGGAGGUUUAAUGCGCUGAAUAUAAGGAGAUUGAAGGAGAUUCAAUGUUACAGAGGAUAGGUAGAUAGGUACGUUUGUUGAAGAAGGCAAACGAAAUCUCAGUGCUAUGCGAUGCCGAAGUCGCACUCAUCAUUUUCUCUACCAAAGGCAAGCUCUUCGAAUAUUCCAGCGAUCCCUGGUUCGUACCUCUUCAUUCUCCCUCUCUCUGAUCCAAUAUCAGCUUUACUUAAUUUCACUGCUCAUAACUAUACAUAAUAUGGAUCUUGAUUAAUUAGUGAAAUUUUA